GACAUGUGGUGUCUUAUAGCGGGGAAUGGAGGAGAGCCACGUUGCCAUAAACCGAUCCCAUUUCCCUUCCGUUCUUAGAUAUCUCUAAGCUCCCCACCCCAAUAUUUAUUUAUUUUCUUCUUCUCUCUCGCUAGCAAGUAGCCACAGGAACAGGAAAUGAGGAGACGGAGAACGGCACAAGGGCGUGGAAUCGAGGAGCUAUGGCAGCGAGAGCUUGGGGAGCUCUCUCCCAGGUCCUUCGCCCUUCGUGCAGGGGCAUCCGAGGAUCUUGUUCUGCGACUCGAUAUCCAUAAAAAACUGGAAAAGCACAGAGGUUGUGUGAACACUGUGAGCUUCAAUGCAGAUGGCGGCAUUCUUGUGUCCGGAUCAGAUGACAGAAUGGUAAUUCUAUGGAAUUGGGACGCGGGGCUUGUCAAAUUGGCUUUUCACUCUGGGCACAUGAACAAUGUUUUCCAAGCGAAGAUGAUGCCUUAUUCAGAUGAUCGGAGUCUCAUUACCUGCGCAGCAGAUGGCCAGGUGAGACAUGCUCAGAUACGAGAUGGUGGACAUGUGGACACGGCAACUCUGGGCAGGCACCAAGGCCGUGUUCACAAGUUGGCUAUUGAGCCCGGCAGUCCUCACAUAUUUUACAGCUGCGGCGAAGAUGGGCUUGUUCAGCACUUUGAUUUGAGAACACAAACUGCUACAGAGCUCUUCACCUGCCACUCCUUUCAUGAUAAGUCACAUUACAUGCCGGUUGUCCAUCUAAAUGCAAUCGCAAUAGAUCCAAGGAACCCAAAUCUCUUUGCAAUUGCAGGAGCGGAUGCAUAUGCUCGGGUGUACGAUAUCCGCAAGUAUAAGCUGGAUGGAUCAACUGAUUAUGGCAAUCCCACUGACUGCUUCUGUCCUCGGCAUCUGAUUGGAGAUGAUCAAGUUGGAAUUACAGGCCUGGCCUUCUCUGAUCAGAGCGAGCUUCUAGUCUCUUACAAUGAUGAGUUAAUCUACCUUUUCUCUAGGGAUUUAGGACUGGGGCCUGAUCCAGUUUCAGCAUCUCGGUCAUCCUCGGGUGCCGUUGCUGGAGCAACAUCCGAUCCAAUUUCAGAAUUGCCAUCAAAUCAGGAUGCUGGUACUGGACCUGGGCCCCAGGUCUACAGCGGGCACCGGAAUUGUGAUACAGUGAAGGGUGUGAGCUUCUUUGGCCCCAAUUGCAAAUAUGUGUCCAGUGGGUCAGAUUGUGGUAGGAUCUUCAUUUGGAGGAAGAAAGGGGGGGAGCUCUUGCGUGUGAUGGAAGGUGACAGUGAUGUUGUGAACUGCAUCGAGCCUCAUCCUCAUGCCACUAUGCUCGCAAGCAGUGGGAUCGAGAGUGACAUCAAGAUAUGGACCCCAAAAGCAACUGAACCGGUCUUGCUGCCAGCAAAUAUUGCAGAGGCUCUGAUACCUGACCGAUUUGCUUCCUUUGCACUCGAUGAUGACGACAACUAUAAUGGCAACAUCAAUGAUUUUGGUAUUGAUGACGACAACGUUGACCAUGAUGAUGAUGAUUAUUUUGGCUUUGAUGAUGAUGAUGAUGGGGACGACAACGACGAUUUUGUUGAUGUUGGUUUUGAUGAUGACGGUGAUUGUGGUGCUGGUGAUGAUGAUACUGCUUUUGAUGAAUGAUGGUGAUGGCUACCAUUGGCCAUGGACUAUACUCAGACAAAACACAGGACCAGAAAGCGUCUAUCCCGCUUUUCUUCUGCCCAAGAUGUGCUGAUGCACGUCUUCCCAUUACUGCAUAGGCAUAGGUCUAGUUUGGGCCGUCGAAGGAAUGCUUGGGCAGAAGAGGCGUCAUUGUUGGAA